AUGUGGUACCGCUCAGCCUCUUUCAUUCUCGAUAAUCGGAAGCUUAGGAACGACGCCGUAUCAUACCUCGAGAGCCAACAGCUAUCCCCCGCCAACACGGCAUCCUCCAUCACCAUGCCCACCGAAAACCCUGAUCCGAAAAUCUCCCUUUACUAUCAGACACGCGCCGCUCACCAUGGAGUCGUGACUACUGACUGGCUCGCUCAGGCUGAAGCCGCUGUGACCUGCCACUCUGAUGACGAUCCUUCCAAGAAUUCCGUCGGCGGCGGGGAAGAUUCUGAAGAGAGGUUUAAUGUGGUGGACGAGUUCAAGAACUGGCGGAAACAGCCCGAUUUGGCGGAAGCUGUGGCGGCUAUUAAGGCUUUGGCUUCAGUUAUUCGGUCGACCCAAGCCACCACUAUGAUGGAGCUCGAAAUUGAGCUCAAAAAGGCCGCUGACUCUCUAAAGUCAUGGGACACUACCUCUAUCUCUUUAACAGCUGGCUGCGAUCUGUUUAUGCGUUACGUAACGAGAACUUCUGCUCUAGAAUAUGAGGACUUCAACUCAGCCAAAUCUCGCCUUCUUGAACGUGCUGAGAAGUUUGGCGAGUUAUCAUUAAAGGCUCGAAGAACAAUUGCAAUGCUCAGUCAAGAUUUUAUAUUUGAUGGUUGUACCAUUUUGGUGCAUGGUUCCUCGCGUGUUGUUUUGGAGGUUUUGAGAACAGCAGCACAAAAUAGGAAACUCUUUCGAGUGUUCUGUACUGAGGGAAGACCUGACAGGACAGGAUUGUGGUUGUCCAAUGAGCUUGCCAAGCUUGAUAUUCCUGUGAAGCUUUUAAUAGACUCCGCUGUGGCAUAUAGCAUGGACGAGGUAGACAUGGUUUUCGUAGGAGCAGAUGGAGUGGUUGAAAGUGGAGGCAUAAUAAAUAUGAUGGGCACGUACCAAACUGCAUUGGUGGCUAAAAGCAUGAACAAACCAGUUUAUGUUGCUGCAGAAAGCUACAAGUUUGCUCGACUCUAUCCUCUGGACCAAAAAGACAUGGUACCUGCUUUACGUCCGAUUGAUUUUGGAGUACCUAUUCCGUCCAAGGUUGAGGUUGAAACAUCUGCCCGGGAUUAUACGCCACCUCAGUAUCUUACGUUACUCUUCACAGAUUUGGGGGUCCUAACCCCAUCAGUAGUAAGUGACGAGCUCAUCCAGCUAUACCUAUAA